UUUUCUUUUAUUCUGUAAGAAAUCUCUAAAAUUUAAUGUCAUUUCCUGCAACUAUAGAGAAGGCUGAAUGAAACAUGAACAGGCUCUUUUUCAACUACAUUUCUCACCAACCCUUUUCAUUUUUGAGAAAGUAUUUUUCCUAGUUAUUUGUACAACGUCAACGUCCGUGAGACAACCAGAAACUGUGAAGAGCAAACCGGCCUGAAAUCCACCAGAGCUGCACACGUUUUCUUCUUCAUUUGAGCCUCAAGGCUCACACAGCCAGGUAUGUCUCUUCACCUCUGAAAAUCGUUAAACAGCCUCCCCACAGCGACAUACAAGUCAAAGGCACAGGUGUCAGGGCCAGAGUGUGAAAGGCACCCAACGAACUUUUUUCCCCCCUGUGAAGCAACACCUGCCUCCGGCUCUCUGUAUGCGAAGAGCUUAAGCGGAAACCAGCGAGGCCAGCGGAGACUACAAUUCCCAGCAGGCGUAACGGGAGCGGGGUCACGCACGCGCACUUCAGACCUUCGGAACGAAGGCCCGAGGCGGGGCUUCUAGGAGAGGAAAAUGGCAGCACGCCGGUUGCGCCUUGACGUGGGUCGGCUGUUUGCGAUGGGGGCAGAACUGGGAAGCGGAAGACGAGCUAACUGCACGUUCCAGGCCUUCGCGGAGGUUCUACGGCUGCCAAGCAAGCAACUGACGAAGCUCGUGUUCCCACUGCAAGAACUCGAGCGGCAUUUCGUCCCGGGCUCGAGGCCCGACCUUCACCUGAAAAUCUUCGACCCGAGCCUGGAUGACAUCGCGAGGGCGGAGAGCGUCUUCACGGCCUCCUCGUGGAACCGCAUCGAGUACCUCAGCUCCGCCGUGCGUCUCGACCACGCCCCGGACCUCCGCCGCCCUGAGGUGUGUUUUAUAGGCAGAAGCAAUGUUGGAAAAUCCUCUCUAAUAAAGGCUUUAUUUUCACUUGCCCCAGAGGUUGAAGUUAGAGUCUCCAAAAAACCGGGCCACACAAAGAAAAUGAAUUUUUUCAAAGUUGGAAAAUAUUUUACAUUGGUGGACAUGCCAGGUUAUGGCUAUAGAGCACCGGAAGAUUUUGUUGACAUGGUAGAAACCUAUCUAAAAGAAAGAAAGAAUUUGAUGAGAACAUUUUUGUUAGUGGAUAGUGUUGUUGGAAUUCAAAAAACAGACAACAUUGCCAUAGAAAUGUGUGAAGAAUUUGCAUUACCUUAUGUGAUGGUAUUGACAAAAAUUGACAAAUCUUCCAAGGGACAUCUUUUAAAACAAGUCCUUCAGAUCCAGAAAUUUGUUGACACUAAAACACAAGGAUGUUUUCCUCAGUUGUUUCCUGUAAGUGCUGUGACCUAUUCUGGAAUCCAUCUCUUGAGAUGCUUUAUAGCAAAUAUAAUAGGAAAUCAGGAGACUAAUGGCUUCCAGUUUAACUGAAGAUUCAAAAUUGUCUAUGCCAACUGAAGUUAAAGACUUAAAAUUGCAACAUUGUUUUAAAUGUUGUGUAUCUGUAACUUGCAGAAGGAUCACUUCAGCUUUAAAACCUGCAUAUUCCCAAAGCAAGAAAGAAUUUGUGCCUGCGGCAGGUGAUAGGUUUAUACAUGAUUGAAUUAUGCUGUUCAUUAGAAGAGAUACCAGCCGUUCUUCCUGUUUUAACAAACUGACAAACAAGAGCAUAUAGAGGUCCAUAAAAUGAAA